GCGGCAGCAGCUUCAUAUCACCUUCGCUGUGCCUUUGUUUCACACAGGCGGGCCUUGCCCUGAUGCGUGCUGUUCAGUUGAUUUGUGAGAGCGUGUGGCGAAACUCUGUGAAAGUAACACGCAUUUAAACGACAUCCUCUAUACGUGUCACAUGACUGCCGUUUAAGACCAACAAUUCGUUCAAAAUGAUAAGUUACAUCUAUUGCUAAAUUCGGAGUACAUGUGAUAGCGCUUAAACUUUAUUUAAAACUAUAAUUUAAAAAGUCAGGGUAUGUUCAAGUUCUCGAUAGCUUAGGUAAGAAGUAUCACAUUGUGCGAACCUGAAGGCAACAAAAGUUGAUAUUUUAUAGAAAUACUACUUCCUUAAUUAAUAUAAGCAAAGCCGAAUUCAAGAGUAUUAACAAUCGAUUAAGUACAAUUUUUAAAAGUAUGGUAAUACUUGUUGUACUUCCUAGCCAUACCCUGAAACUAUUAAAUUAGCCGGAUGUUUGAUGGAGUACGUCAUAGGCAAACGUUACCGGACCUGAGAUCGGCCUAGCGAGCCAGCGUUAGCCGUUAGCCCCUCUGCCAGCAAUUCAGGUUAGGAGUCCGAAGUUAGUAAGGAAAGACUUUAUGACUUGUUAUGGAGCAGCCACCUGGGAGGGGAGAUGAUCUCCAGCCUCAGGACCUCUCCACUUCUAGCAUCCCCACUGUGAUCGAUCUGACCAGGAAGAGUGAGGAAUGUGUCUUGAACGCCACCUCCCUGGAUGCAGUGCGGCAGGUCAAAAGCCCCGGCUGGUACCAGAACCCCAGGGACCCAGGACGAACCUUCUUGGACACAGACUCCAUCAACCAAUCAGGGGAACACAUUCAACCAGACAAUGCCUUCUCCCACACCACAGUCACCCUCUCCUAUGUGAGCAGGUCUCGUGUCUUCUCCACUCAAGACUCUGUGUCUCGCCACUCAUCACUGUGUAGCGUACCGCCCAUCAGCAGGCUCUCCCUGCAACCUUCACAGGCCUUGAACAAAGGGCUCCUGGACAGUGGGUAUUCACUGAGCCAGCAGUAUUUGCAGCAGGUGGAGGAGCCAGGUUCACUGGCUUCUCCACCUGACCUCCUGCUGUCUUUAUCUCAGGCCCAGGACAGAGCAGUGGGUGGUGAGGCUGUGUGUCUAACACAGAGGCCUUAUGUCGUUAAUGGAGGAGCAGGUUCCAGAGAUAAUGUAAGUGAAGAAAACAUGGACUGCAGUGCUUCUUGUGGGGACAGCAGUGGUUUGGAGAGCAGUCAAAUUGAUGGACAGUCCAGUCCAGGAGCGUGUGUUGAAUCCUCUCCAGAGCUGCUCGCUCCUGCGGCAGUGGAAGACGAAGAGCAGAGUGGUCCUGAGGUUGUCUUCCUCAAAUCAAAAACACAGGAUUCCAAGGUCAUGAUGGACAGUGUAGCUGCUCCUGACACAUGCUCAAUAAACGGGGACUACACCAGUCCUCUGGAGGACCCUGUGUCUCCGUCUGCUACCUCAGAGGAUGUCUUUGUCCUGCCUCAGGCCUCCUGCUCACCCAGCGGGGACAACUCUUAUCAGGAGACCACAGGUGAUAGUGCAGUGGAUGGGUUGAGUCCAGAAGACGCCCUUCAGUUCUCUGACACCAGCACCAACUCCACAAAAGAGGACUCGAGCGGUGAAAACAAGCAGGAGUCGCUGGGACCCAGAGCAGUGAUGAAGGUUUCAGAGGACAAACCCUUGACUGUCCUCACUCACAUGAAUGGAGGUCCUAAUGCACUACACAUGACUUUAAAUGAGAGGAAGCUUCCUGUGCGCUCCAGCAGGGGGAAGCGUCUGGAGGCCAUUGUCAUGAACAUUAACUCCGGCAGGUAUCAACUGUCGGGAUGCAUACACAAUGAUAAAAAAGCUGGUGACUCAAGUGUAGCAGCUCCUCAGAUGGUCGACGCCCAGACAUUGAAGAAACGGAGGAGGAGAGUGAGGACGUCUUUUUCAGUGAAGACCAUCAGACGGAGAGCCAGGUGUCCACUGAAGAGUCCCACCAGCAAUAACAUUAACACUGACAGCUGCAGUGACGCUACCUCAGAUUCCAAAACCCUCAGUAUUUACAAAAACUGCAGUACAGCUUCAAAGAGUCCUACGUCUGUGGUGGAGAGAACGGUGGUUGUACCACAACCUGGUCAAUCGACAGAGACAACGUCCACGCGAUCAAGGAGGACUCGGUCUUCUCAGUGCAGUCCAGGGUUUGUUGUGAACCAGGAAAAGCCGACGCCACUCUCCAGUCCUGAACCCUGCCAUGAAGAUACUGUGGAAACAUCUCCUCCACUGCUGCUCUCGUCAUCCAAGUCUCCAAAGAACCGUGGAGGCAAAGCCAAAGUCCGGGCUGUCGGGGGCAAAAACUCUCCUGCGACCAAGACCAAGGCACCGCGAAGCCCUCAGAAGAGGAGGAGGAAGAAACCCACUGGUAGACAUUCAUUGGUUUCCAUGUUCUCCCCCAAAGAGCCGGAGAUCAAGUUGAAGUAUGUGAACUACAAGGAGGAGAAAAAGGACCAGAGGUCGGACGGUUUCUCACCGUUUGUCCAUGUAGAGCGCCGGGAGUCGAGGCCCUCGCUGUGUACUGUUGUCAACUACCCUGAGGAGGUGAAGACCCAAAGUAGGAAAGGUCAGCAGCAGAGCUGCUCCUCUUACUUCAGCUCUUCAGUUGUACCUAGUUCUUCCUGUCUGCAGCUGGGUCGAGUCUCAACACGUGGUCAGCACCAGCGUGUGCUUGUCUGCUGUCUGUGUGGACAGUCAGCCAACACAAUGGACUUGGGGGACCUUCACGGCCCCUACUACCCAGAGGGGUAUCAGCCCAGUACCAAAAGACCAGCGAACGCAUCAGGCCUCAAGGAGGACGACUCCAGCGACUCGGACUCGUCCUCCUGCAGUCCCAGCGGUGGGAUCAAGAGAAGGAAGUGUGCUCCUCCGCCCACAUCCUGGUCCUUCAGAGCAGGGGCUCAGCUCCAGUCAAAGGGCCGUCCAGAGAACCAAAGGUGGUCUGACGCCACCGACAGCCCUUUAGCAAAACCAGCUCGUUCAGACUCCAAUGGUGCAGCGUGGGACGACUGGUACAGCCCCCCACUGCUGCCACAGGAGCCCUGUGAGUACUGGCUCCACGAAGACUGUGGCAUCUGGUCUGCAGGCGUGUUCCUGGUGAAGGGCAAAGUCUACGGGCUGGAGGAGGCGGUGAAGGCGGCACAGAAGAUGAUGUGUUCAGCCUGUCAGGACCCUGGAGCCACACUGGGCUGCUUCUUUAAAGGCUGUUCCAACAAGUACCACUACAGGUGUGCUCUGAAGUCAGACUGUGUUCUGACCGAGGAGAACUUCACCAUGAAGUGUAAAAAGCACAAGAACAAGACCAUCAAAGGACUUCCAGGGAGCAGAAUUGACGACAGCUGACACAGUGGGUGAGGAACAUCCAGAUGAGUGAGAGGCUCCGCCCCCUCCUGGAGACAUUGGACCAGACUUCCUCUGAGGGACAGCUGAUCAUCCACAGAACUUAACUCCGCCAUCUUUCCUGCGGCCAUUUUUGUCCAGGCCCUGCCCACUGUGAGUGGAGGAUCGGUGUCACGCUGCUCUUCGGCCAAUCACGUCUUUAGACUGAUGGGGGAAAAAAUCUCACUCCAAUUAAAGCGACGAGGACGACGACAGGUGAACACUGUCGUUUUUAUUUAUACUGAAAUUGAAUUUUUGUGGCUCAGACAUGAACGAUAAUCAAAGGUAUUUAAUUUUUUAAUGGAAUGUUUUUGAUAUAAUUUGAGUUUAUUUAUUCCUGGAUUUACUCAACACAUUUUGGAUCUGUAUUUUUUUAAGUUAUUGAUUAGUUUAAAUGUUAAAUUUUAAGGUACCUGAUCAGACAUCGUCAACUCUACAGGGUCUCAUUAUCACACACUGUGUUUGUGUGUGUGUGUACGUGGAGUGUGACUCGCAUGACUUAAGUCAUUGUAUCCGGGGUCAGAGGUCACUGUUUGACCUUUGAAUGUAUUUUCCACAAACGUGAGGGUUUGUUGUUUUCUUCAGGGAGCACUUUGUCACCGUGGCACUGAGUGUGUGCACGUGGUGAACGCGCUGCUCUGACCAGCACAGCUAAAAGUCCGGACCUAGAACUUUCUAGUACCAGGAACCGGUUAUCACUGACCUGCAUUUCUACAGAGUGUUGGUGGAGAAGGUUGUUGUCAGGCCGUGGUGCGUCGUGUGUGGUUGGCUGUUGUUGUGUGUAUUGUAACCAUUCUUGUCAGACCUUCACCAGUGACUGUCACUGUUUCAUCACCACAGUCCAGAGAGGCUCAAGGGUGAAACGCUUCUGUGCCUUACAGGGUUCUCAGCACCUGUGCCUGGGCCUCUUCUGCUGCCAGCCAAUCAGAAGCUGUUACAUUAUUUUUCUUGUUACCAUGGGAACCGGGCAGUCCUGAGGAGACGUAUGUAACACCAAAGUGUCUUAAAACCAGUGUGGUUGGUGUUAAGUCUCCUGAAAACACCACUAACAGACUGCUAAUGCCUCUGUGCCUGCUCUGAGCUCAUUACCUGGCACUGGGGCAUCUUGUCAUUUUGGCUCAAACACUCGAUCUAACAGAAGCACAGAAUGAUUUUUUUUUUUUAAUGAAAUCAACGUCUGAUCCUGAUUGCAGUUGUCCCCAAAAGUUUUACCUUGAGCAGAAAGCAUGCUGAGUAUAUCCUGGUCCUGCUCCUUGCAGUUGAAUGGUGUAUAGUUCCUGGUACUUGUCCCUGCGGUGGAGACAGUCAUCCUGGUGGAACCGUUUACAGCUGGAGACGUAGUAAAAUGAUUAAAAACUGAUUUAGUUCUCCAUUAAAAUUGCCUCAGUUCAUAGAUCACUACUUUAUCAUAAGAAUAUAUUUUUACCACUGCUCAUGUGUGACAGGGAAUGUGUGUCUUGGCUCCGCCCCCUCACAGGUACCCAGUUCUUUUCUCUCUUUUCUCUUCUAUGUCUCAUUCAGUCAAAAGUUUCCUGACCAUUAUAAUAUUUUAUUGGAACUCAACAUACUGUCAGACAUCCUGACAUGCAUUUCUGUGUAGAUGAUAGAUUGAUAGACCUGAUUGAUCCAAGCCGGGGAAAUUACAGUGCCCCCUUCUGCCCUCCUGUGGUUGAAAAAAGGCACAAUGCUCAGUAGAUGACGUCACUCUCUCUGCUCCUGGCUCAAGUAAAAUACUUUUUUUUUCACCAAAGUCAUUUAACCAAAUGACGACUACUGCUGCCCUGGUGGUGUAUUAAUGUCACUGCAGUAUACCAAAACCUAUGGACUGUGGUGCAGCAGAGCAGGUCACAUGGCCUCAGCGCUCCAGACAGAACCGAGCUGCCUGUCGCCUCAGAGCACUGGUUCUUGUCACAGGUGAUCAACAGUACUGUUGGCGCCAGUUGUGUGUCAGUACUUCAUACUAUUACAUUUGAAAGGAGAAGGUUUUUGUCCUCAUCCAAGCCUUAUCUGACAGAAGCAGUUACUCCACACAACCACACGGUGUAAGGACAAAUCAGAGGACCUCCAUGGUCUUCCCUUGGACGCCCUGACCACUAACGGCAGCUCACAAUCACAUCUUCAGAUUUUUGACCAAACACCAAGCAUGUGAUUGACAUGUUUUUUUCUUAUAGGUUAAUGAUGCGUUAACUAAACAAAAUGCUGACGUGCCACCAGACCUGUUCAGACGGGCAGAGAUUUCUUGUUUUGUUCUUUUUGGUUUUGUUUUAUGUAGUCAUUGUUGGUGUAAAGUGUCAUUAGUGCCACUAGGGGCAGUGUUGUAUCAUCUGUUACUCAACAGUCAUCCUGAAACAAUGUUUUAUUUAUGCCAUGAAAGUUUUUUUUUUCAAAAAUAUAUAUUUAAGGAUUGGCCACAUCUGUCCAGAUCUGAACAGUGUUGAUCUCAGGGCUGACGUCACGUUGGGUCAAUGUUUAAAACCACGUUAAAAAACAUUUUGGGUCUCGGUUCAAAUGAAUCAUCGUCACAUUCCGGCACCACGUCCUCUCAGUGUCCCUCAGUCAGAUUAUUGGAUUGUCAAAUAUAGGACUUCGACACCUGUCACUUUUUAGCUUCAUUCUGUUUUUUGGCGACGUUAUGUACCGUCUCUGAACAGGAGGUGGUGUUGUUGUCCAGAAUAAAUAUUUUGUCCAAUGCUGUGGUUUCAUAUUCA